CUGCAGCAACUCAAGAGCAAGAUGGCCUCCCUCAGCAAGAAGUCCGAGCGCCAUCGCGACGUCGUGCUGCCAGACUUGGAGGAGCAACUGCACGCCGUCAAAGAUUUCGAGACCCUCCUGGGUAACAGGGUACGAGCAGCUGCAGACCGAGAGGGCCGCGCUGGCCAAGAAGCCGCAGGAGGAGCAGCCGACGCAGGUGGCACCGCACUUUGCUAGGGCGCCCUCGAGGGCGCGAAGUUAUUCGCGCUUCGCUGUUCGGCUCCGAUUCCUCAUCCUCCUUUUCUCCCUUGGGAGGCGGCGCGAGAGCGCGAGGUUAUUCGCACUUCGCGCAGCGCGAAGCGCGAAGUUAGGAGCCCUUGCUUUGGCGCCGCGGUAUUGUAGCAGCUCGUCGGGGGCCUGGAGAAGCUCCUGCCGGAGACGACGCCCGAGUCAGGCGCUGGCGAAGCCAAUGUGCUUGAGGCCUUCACAACCGUGCCCAGGGAGCCCGUCGACAAUAUCAUGGGCGCGGUGCAGGCCACCGCGACGCCUGGCGCGGGCGCUGGACCUUUUGGCGCCCGUGCAGUGGCUCCUGGUGUGGAUGUUAGGGGGGCCGCGAGCCAGCCAGAGCCACCGUGCGACGGCCAUGGCAGACGAUCCCUCCCUUUGA